UCAAAGGGCUUCUUGGACUUGAUCUUUCAUCGAACAUUUGAUUGGGCAGAUUCCUAAGGAAAUUGGAGAUUUAACCUCUUUGGUUAAGUUUUUUGUGCAAAACAACAACAUUUCUGGCAAUAUACCCGGGGAACUUGGGUCACUGACAAAAUUAGAGUCCCUUGAUCUAUCAGGUAAUAGAUUGAAUGGGUCAAUCCCAAUUUUUUUAGGAGAUUACGUGCACUUGAUUCUGUUGAACCUGAGCAACAACAAAUUUGGGGAAAGAAUUCCAAUGGAGAUAGGGAGGCUAACUCAGCUUAAUGCACUUGAUUUGAGCCAUAAUCAUCUUGUUGGAGAAAUAACCCCUUAUCUUGCCAAUUUGAAGAGCUUGGUAAGCUUAAAUCUUUCCCACAAUGGCCUCUCUGGCCAUAUUCCUGAAGAACUUGAAAGUUUGACUGGUUUGCUAUAUGCCGUGUUGUCAUACAAUGAGUUGGAAGGUCCAAUCCCUCAUAAUAAAGCUUUUAUCAAUGCCUCCUUGGAGGGAAAUAAAGGUCUCUGUGGCAAUGUAACAGGACUCUAGCCUUGCGAAAGGCCAUCUUCUGUAGUGAAUAAGCAGUCAGUGGCGAAGAGACGUAAACUCAUCCUCAUCACUGUACUUCCUGUUAUGGGAGCACUAGUACUACUCUGUGCUUUCAUUGGUGUUCUCUUUAUGUGUGAUAAAAGAAGGAAAGUUAGAGACGUUGAAAGACGUGAUGAUGGUUGGAUUUCGAUAUCCAUGUUAGAUGGAAAGGCAUUGUACAGAGAUAUCUUAAACACCACACAGGAUUUUGAUGCUACAUUUUGCAUCGGGCAAGGAGGGCAUGGUAGCGUUUACAAGGUAAACCUUCCACCAUUAGGGAAUAUAGCUGUGAAGAGACUUCAUUCUUCAUUUGAGAAUAAACAUCCCAAAAGCUUUAUGAAUGAAGUAAGGGCAUUGAUUGGGAUUAAGCACCGGAACAUCGUGAACCUCUACGACUAUUGUUCGAAUGCACAAAACUCGUUGUUGGUUUACGAGUAUGUGGAGAGGGGGAGUUUGUCUAGUAUUUUGAGCAAUGAAGCUGAGUCCAAGAAAUUGGAUUGGCUUAAAAGGAUGAAUAUCAUCAAAGGUGUUGCUUAUGCUUUAUCUUACUUGCACCAGGAUUGUUCACAAUCGAUUGUUCAUCGAGACAUAUCAAGCAGUAACGUUUUGCUUGAUUCUGAGUAUGAAGCUCGUGUUUCAGAUUUUGGCAUAGCUAAGCUCCUCAAGCCAGACUCAUCCAAUUGCACUACAUUUGCAGGCACGUAUGGCUAUGUUGAACCUGGUAAGGUCUAACUUUAUUUAUUAUCCUUGUUUUGAAACUUUAUGAACUAUAGCCAAACACACUCUACAUUGUUUUUAUCUCAUUUACAAGUUUAAAUUGUUAUAACUUUUGGAAAUGGUUUUGUUUCAGAGCUUGCAUAUACAAUGAGAGUUACACAAAUGUGUGAUGUCUAUAGCUUUGGAGUAUUAGUAUUGGAGAUAAUCAAAGGAAAGCAUCUUGGGGAAUACAUUACUGUGCUAGCAAAUUCAUCGACUAGAGAUCAUGCGCAACUUAGUGAUUUGCAAGACGAACGCCUUCCAUAUCCUGAAGAUAGAGUAAAAGAGGUUUUGUUUUUUUAUCAUCAAGCUAGCAAGUUCUUGUUUGCUUGAAACUCCAAAAUCAAGGCCAACAAUGCACUUCAUCUCUAAUAGGUUAUCAUCAAUGAAUCCACGUCCACCUACUCAUGCAAGGCGAUCUAUAUAAUUCCCUGAUAUGUGAGGUGUCUUUGUAUGAAAAUGAAUAAACUUUGAAACCAAGUAGUUGUGAAGUAAUUUAUUUUGAUGAUAGUAUGAUACGUUCCAUGCCAAAAUUAUUACUGGGACUAGUAUUGUCGUAUCGUCAGGGUGCUUAUCUAGUUUAUUGUAUUGAGUGUAUAAUGUAGAAGGUAAUUUUUCCUUGUGCCAAAAACUAAUGAAAACAAGCUUCAUGUU